AUGUCCAUCGCCCAUGAGGCGGCCAAGGCCAUGCUAUCUGAUGCCCUGCUGCAGGACAGCUCCGGGAUAGAUCGGCUCGUCCACCUGGAGCUGGAGCUCCCUCUGGACAAGGUCAUCAAAUUUGUGUCCGUCGGCCUUCCACUGCUGCUGGUCUCCAUGGCCUUCGCCCGUGAGAUCUCCCUGGGGCCUCAGAUCAGCUGUUUCCCUCCCAGCAACUUCACAGUCAAGCAGGCCAGCUACGUCGACACGUACUGCUGGGAUUCCCUCAUGCACCACGAGUUUGACAGCGAUGGAAACUUUGAGGAACGCUCUCUCUGGGUUCACAAAAUGUUCCCCUACUCUCUUCUGGCCAUGGCGGUGUUGAUGUAUCUGCCGGCUCUGAUCUGGCGCCAGCUUGUCAUGCCCACACUGGCCUCAGACCUGCUCUUCAUUAUUGACGAGCUAGACAGGGCGUACAACCGCUCGGUCCGAAUGGCCCAGAGCAUCCUGGAUAUGCGUCAGAGCACCAAGAACCCCCUGACGUUUCAGGCCGAGCUGGAGAGAGCCAAGAAGAAGAGAUACUUUGAGUAUCCCCUGCUGGAGAGAUACAUGCAAUGCAAACACAACUCCUACUUCUUGGUUAGCAUGCUUUUCCUGCGUGGCUUCCUGCUGCUGACCUUCAUGACCGCCGCCUGCCUCUACCUGGCUUACUUCCACCUCUCCGCCUUCCUGCAGGACGAGUUCAGCUGCUUCGUUCGCACAGGCAUGCUGCGCGAUCAGAACUGGGUGCCCGAGCUGAUCCAGUGUAAAAUGACUGGCCAGCUGGUCUUCCAGGUGAUAAGUGUGGCAAAUGGCGCCAUCUACGUGCUGCUGGCUCCGAUCGUCCUUUUCAGCCUGGUUCGGCUCUUCGUCUGGGACACCACCUUCCUGUCCGUCUACGAGAUCCUUCCAGCGCUGGACCUCAUCAGGCGCCGUAAGCUCGGCUGCCCUCUGAAUGACCUCAACGUCCUCCUGCUCUUCUUGCGCGCCAACGUUGCUCACUUGAAGUCUUACGGCAAGGUGAGAGCGCUGUGCUCUCUGGCGCCACCACAGGUGGGAAACAGCGUCCCGGGCCAGGGCUUGAGCGCAAUGCUAAGUGAAGAGGAGAUCCAAGAGCGUGAAGAGGCAGCGAUGGAGCUGAAGGAGGAACUGGAGGAGGCUAGAGAAGAAGGGAAGCUCAACUUGGUGGAUAUCAUGACUAUUCUGGGAGCGGCGCAGGGAAAAGUGGUUAACUGCAGUGAGCAGAGGCCUUUGGUGGAGGAGAAUAUGAGUCUCGGUACCGUAACUCUUAUCUACACGCUUAAACGUAUGCUGCUAGUGGCUAUUUUCAUCUACAUCAUUUGGGAUGUACAGAAAAUUAUUAAGUGA